AUGAAUCAGAAUAUUGAAGUGUUAUCGGUAGAUUCACUACCGGUGGGACUAAGAUUCCGUCCAACAGACGAGGAGCUAGUUCGUUACUAUCUCCGUAGGAAAAUCAACGGCCACGAUGACGACGUCAAAGCCAUCCGAGAGAUUGAUAUCUGCAAAUGGGAACCUUGGGAUUUACCUGAUUUCUCUGUGAUAAAAACAAAAGACUCAGAGUGGCUCUUCUUCUGUCCGUUGGAUCGGAAGUACCCGAACGGAAGUAGACAGAACAGGGCAACAAUCAAAGGCUACUGGAAAGCGACUGGGAAAGACAGGAAGAUCAAAUCCAGUAAGAGCAAGAUCAUCGGCGUGAAGAGAACUCUGGUUUUCCACUCUGGUCGAGCUCCUAAGGGAACACGCACCAAUUGGGUUAUGCACGAGUAUCGUGCCACCGAGAAUGACCUUAGCGGCACCGAUCCUGGCCAGAGUCCGUUUGUCAUAUGCAAGUUGUUCAAGAAACAAGACCUGAGUUUAACGGAAGAAGAUUCCAAGUCCGAUGAGGCUGAACCUGCUGUCUCGUCUCCAGCUGUUGAAGAGACUAAGUCUAAAGUAUCUUUGGUGACUAAAACAGAAGACGUGAAGCAGCGUUAUGACAACAUUGCGGAAUCUUCUCUUGUAAUCUCAGGAGAUUCUCAUAGUGAUGCUUGUGAUGGGGCUACAACCGCCAAGCUUGGAGACCUUGAUUGGUUGUCUUAUCCAGAGUUGGAGCCUCUGAAUUACACGCUGUUCUCGCCAUUACACUCUCAAGUUCAGUCCGAGUUCGAGCUCGGCUCCUCUUUCAACGCGUUUCAGCCUGGCUCGAGCAACAACAGCUUCCAAGUUCAGUCUCAGUACGGGACAAAUGAAGUAGAUGCAUAUAUCUCCGAGUUUCUUGAUUCGAUUCUUGAGAACCCGGACGAGGCUCCAGAGAAGGAGGUGCUUGAAUUGCAGAGUGGAUUCGAAUUCUACGGUGCAGCGCCAGAUCAGAUUGCAGCAGCGUUUCAACAGGGAACAGCAUGUGACAUGAACAACGAUGUUUCGAAAACAGGUAUCAUGCUUAGGACUCGGCGGGAACAGCCCUCAGGUGGUAGUAACAAUGACCAUAUAAUGCAUGGAGAUGCCUCGAGAAGGUUGCGUCUGCAAUGUAACCUUGACAAUCCAGAGCUUCAAACUGUCAAGAGAGAGGUUGAGGACAACACGGUUGGAGAAACUAUGGAGAAGGGACGUGGAAAGCUAAUGAGAUCAAAGAACAAAACCGGGUUCUUGUUUAGAAAGAUUGCGUCUGUGAGAUGUUCGUACGGAGGACUUCUUAGGGCGGCUGUAGUGGCGGUUUUGUUCUUGAUGUCGGUCUGCAGUCUAACCGCGGACUUCCGAGCUUCUGUGAUGAUCUGA